AUGAAGAGUAAUGUUGAAUCGAGGGUAAAUGCAUUCAAACAAAAUCUUGAUAAGUUUGCUGCUCGAUGGCAUCAGUUAAAACCUAAAGAUAUUGAUAUGGAAGGCGAUAACGAAGCUUGCGUUAACGCUGUCAAAUCUAUCAAGGAACGGAGAGCUGAAUUUAAUGAACUGGAAGAAAGCAAAGAGAAAUUAAUGUACGUCAGUUAUCUGCCUCGUACCCAGGCGCUUUAAAUAAUUACAAUACAUGAAGUAUUCAGGUAGGCAGGCGACGCGCGAAGGGGCUGUUGGGAAGGGUGUGUGCUGGGGAGCGCCUGGCAGUUCUUGUAUACUGUCAUGGCGGACAAACAUGGAAUUUAAUACAAAACGUUACCAUAUCGUCAUAUACUCUGUGUGUAAAACCUUAUUUUCUGACGAAGAGUCGAAUUGAACGCCAUUGGCAAAUAAUAAUACAUUUGUACAAGUUUGAUGACAUACAAAAUGCGCGAAAUAUGAGUAAAUUACAUGGCAAGUUAACCGUGCGAAUAUUUGGAAUAUGUCAUUCGGUAUUACAUGGAGAAUAAUAGAAUGCUAUCAGUAUAAAACAGUACAGUAACAGAGAAAUGAUUAGAAACUCAUAUAAUUGCUUUUGUAUUAAUAACUUCCUUAGCUGAAGGCUCGAUCAGUCGAUCAUAAUGCCAAUGGCAAUUGCCAAUUUCUAUUAAAUGUAUACUGUCAACAAAAGCCGAAGUAAAUAAAAGUUCACAGCCGUAAAGUUUGAAAUAUUUAUUACAACAGUGCAAUUUUAUAGUUUGUACCUUUAUAUAGUUAUAGCUUACAAAUAUAGUUCCUGCAAGUCUAGUUCUUCAACGCUUCGGUUGUUGACAUGUUAAUAUUGGAAUUUCCAUGGACUGUAAAUAAGGCAUAUGUCAUAUAUACCACGAAUAACAGCAUGAAUUCACGCCCAGAUGACAGAAGAAUAUUAACAUUAGUCAAUUCAACAAAAACAAGUAGCAAAAAAUCGUAAACGAGAACAAAAUAUCACAACUUGCAACAAAUCGUACAAAGUUGCAAGAAAUCGACCAAGAACUGCCAGGCGUCUCGCAUUUCAAGUGCACUCUUCCCACCAGCCCCUUCGCCAUCUCUCCCCACUACAAUACUUCAUGUAAACUCAUCAUAUGCGCAUCACUGGUUUUUUACAGAGACGCCUGGGUACGAGGCAGCGUCAGUUAUGCACAUUGCAUCUUUUGCAAAAUUCAUGUCGCCAGUUUUAUUUUGUUUGCGUGUAUGUCUGUUUGUAUACUUGUUUGUGUCCAUUAGUAGAUAGUCGGGGAAUUGACAAUUCCUAUUAUAGACUAAUUUUAAAACUAGGCAAAGAGAUGCAAAUAAAUCACCACAGCUAGACCAAAUGUGGUAGCAAUUUCCGCACGCAAUACAAAAGUAUACAAAAUUUGCGAACUUUGCAAGGGUACAUUUUCCGCAUUUUACAACAUUUCGCAACCAAACUUUGCAAUUUUACUAAUUUUAGUAUGCUCUUUCCGGGAACAUACGUUUUUUUGCCAAGUUAAAAAUUAGUCUAUAAUGGGAAUUGUGUAUUAGUGAUGGUAUGAAUUUGUAGGUUCCGAACAUAUUCUUACGAAUUUAUUGAAGAGGAUUUUAAUUCGCUAUUAAGGGGAGCUUCACCUCCAGAUUUGGUCGAAUGGAGAGCAAAACUCAAAAUUUGGAAAACAUCACUUUUAGUCGUUGAAAUUUUAACUGUCCUACUAUGUGAACUACCCCACUAACAUUUCUUAUUACUGCUGUGAUGAGAACCCCCCCCCAAUCUGUCGAGUGAUUGAGUUUAAAAUGGUUUCAUUUCAAAAGACUUCUUUAAUCCAGACAAAUGUAAUUCAUAACACUGCAAUCGUGGAUUACAAACUGAAAAAUCUACCAGAAUAAAAAACACACAUUCCAUAAUCCCGACAUGUCGUAUGAAGCGGAGACGCACUACAGGCGUAGUUUCUCGUGAAAUAGAAUGGUUUCUCGUGAAAUUUGGAUAAAACAAGCACUCUGCACUCGUGAGGUCACUCAAAUAGACCUCAAAUUUGAUGCUUUUUGAAAAACUCACUCGUGCAUUUUGAAAAACUCACUCGUGCACCCGAUCUAGGACGACCUCUUAAAAGCCUGAAUUAUCAAUAUAUGCAUUACUUUAUCUGACUUUAUCCUCUUUCGACAUCUGUAUCAUGUAUGUUGUCUCUAGCAAGCACGUUAAUGCUGUAUUUGUUUUAAUAUAGCUUUGAAUGUAAGCACUUUGGCGUCCAAGAACCAGAGUUCCCUGUGGCUGCUGAAUUGAAGACAGAUAUUGAAGAAUACGAGUCCAACUGGGUUCUAUUUGAGCAGUUCAAUAACGGUUUAGGUGAAUUAACCAAAGAAGAUUGGAUAUCAUUCAGGUUGGUUGGUUACUGUACACGAGUUAUCUUAGUUGGUUACUGUACACGAGCAUGAGUUUUAAAAUUUUUUGUUAGGCAAUCAAUCAUGCAUAAAAUCAAUCGUGCGUUUAAUAAAUUGUGCGUGAACAGCUAAUACGGCAAAAAUCCAAGUUUUAGGGGUCGCGCGUUGGACUUAGUGUACAUAAAACUGUUUGGUAUUUUGGUAGUUCCACCUUCCAAAUUUGCUCCCUACGAAUUCAAAUUGCGUUUUACGCCUUCCAUAAAUUUGUGCGCAAGCCAUUUUUAGAGUGGUUUUUAAAAUAACCCUCUUGCCCUUGAGAAUUUACUUUAGUGAUGAAGAUACUAGCAGAUCCCAAACUACCCAUGUUUGCAUGAAAUGUUGACAAAUUUUGAGGAACGCAUACCUAAAUACCGUAUUUACUCGUUUAAGCACCGCAUAUGAAAGGAAAAUUAUUAAAGGUACAGUUCAGUCUUUUGAAUGAUGGUUUUUAAGGCGCAUUACAGCCCUUUUAAUUAAAAAAACAACUAACCAGGAAAGUCGAUUAAGCAUAAUUCAAAAUCAGCAAACUUAAUGUUUUUAGCAUUUUAAAACUUUUUUUUGUUAAAAACAUUGAGUAUACUGAUUUUGAAAUUGUGCAUAUAAUUGAUUUUCCUAGUUAGUUUUUCAAUUAAAAUGGCUGAAAUGGCCCUAAAAAACCAUCAUUCAAAAGGCCGAACUGUGCCUUUAAAGAGCGCCGCCCUCGAAUAAGCGACACACUUAUCUUAUUCACAACAACGCGGCGCUUAAUCGAAGCACCAUCUGAAACGCCCUGGGUACGAGGUUGCAAUCUUUACCAAACCUCGGAACUCUUUUUCCCCUGCAUUUCAGUGAUACUAUGUUAUAUUUUGUUGCUAAUACUUCUUGUGAUCGCUUACAAAUAAAAUAUUUUUUAAAGAGCGCCGCCCUCGAACAAGCAUUUGCAAUUACGUAAGCGGUAAUUGAGCUCAACUGACAAUGAAAUCUUUUUGAAAUGUUUGUCAAUUUUCGCCAAGGUAAACGGCUGACCAUCCCAUUUCACUCAGACACACCGCAUAGCUAGGAGUCUUUGUCGGGCAAGAGAAUCCGUGUUUCGUGAUUUUGUUAUUGUUGUGCUAUUGUCUUACAGGGGACAUACGUAUAAAUUUGAGGAAUUUCUUAUGAUCUGGACAGACGAACUAAAGAAUCGUGAACCAACAACAAUGACCGUACGGUUACAGAAAGAAGUCGAUAAAUACAAG